AUGGUCGAGGUAUUGUCAUGCUUACAUGCUAGUAUUUCUUCAGGCGGAAAAAAAUUUGAUGAAGGGUGUCGUUAAACCGGCUAUUGAUGAUUCAGCCUUUGAUGCUUUGAAAAGAGAGUACGACGAUGUAUGUUGCCUGGCCCCAUGUUCAGGUUCUCAUUAGGUCGUCAGAGAAUUAAAUAAUAACCCUGAAUUGGCAAAAUUUCGAGAAGAAUAUGAAAAGAUUAUGAGAGCUCUAGAAAAAUCCCACGAGAGCGAGAAAAGGUUAAUGAGAAAAUGCAGAGAGUUGAAAGCCGACAUCGUUUCUAACAAAGUCAAGGUAACACAGGCGGAACAACUUACGAGCGAUGAUCCCAGCAACAUGAUCGCGCUCAAGAAAGAACUCGAAAAGGCUUGGGCCUUGGUUUCGGCUGCCAAUGAAAAAGAGUGCAAGGCGAGGGACAGAAUUAAAGGUUUGAAGGAAGAAAUUGCCACAUUGGGAAAGAUUAUUGAAACGGGUUCAGGCGGUGUUGUCGGCGCCGACACGUACGUUCUAAGCAUUUGCUAACUAAUGGUAACCCUUAAAAAACCUCUCCCGGCCUAGCAUAGCUUUCACUUUUCUCAACUUCAUACAUCAGCUAUGAUCUUCGUUUGUCUGAUACCAGACCUAUGUUGGUGAUUUACAUACAUGUAGCCAACCGAUAAUCCACAAAAGUCCUCGUACAUAGCUUCAUUUUGGCAAUUUAGACCUUUCUUUUCAGACUGUUUUGCUCGAACACAGAUAGGGGAGCUGGGCUCAUAAUUUCACUUUGUCAGCGACUAACGAAUUGUAGCAUUUAACGGAAUACUGCACGAUGUUUUUCGAAUACAAAAUCAGUUUCUUCCCCGAACUUAAAAUUCCUUUAGUUAUUUUACGUUAUGGACAACUUAAAAGGCUUUGGCAAAUGACCACUAAAUAGCAAUAAGCCAAGACGUCUUGAUAUCAAAUAGGAUCUAAAGUCAAUCUUACAUAUUUUUAUUGAAUAUGGUUCUUCAGUCAUAUUAAAAUUGAGUUCUGCAUUUUUUCGUUUUAAAUCUCACUAUUUCUCCUUAGCAAAGGUGCCUUACCAGUGGGUCACUUAAGCAGAAUGCGCCAGUUAAUAAUUUUGCCUAUUUUAUGCAAAAACCAAACAUAUUCUCUCCCAUGUCUAGUCUCUGCCCACAAUAUUUCUAGCUUCACUUCUCUGCUUUAUCACGCUAUCCUCACUUUACAACGGCCAAAUACCCUUGCAAGCUCUUUUUCCAUUUCCAAUAAUAAUAUUAUGUCGGGCGUCAGAGUAGCAAUGUUAUAGAUGACAGUUAACUUCAUACUCCAGUAUAUGUUGAAAUGCACAAACAAUUCAUUUCAUGCCAUCAAUUUUCCUAUCUCUUAAGCAAACUGGUUUACUUAACUUACUUUCAAAAGGCUAAACGAGCUUACAAAGGCAAAGGAAAAAUUGACAAAGGAGGCAGCUGAUCAGGCGGCCGAGAAUAUAAAGUUAAGAAAGGAACUUGAGGCUACUAAAACCCAGAUUUCAAACCUUCAAGGUGAAAUACUCAACGCUCAAUCAAAAAUUGGUGAACUAAGCCAAGACAUACAGGUAUUUUGUGCUGUUAUUUACAGAUUUUUCAUUUAUACCUCAUUGUAAUGGUCAGUGCACCUUACUUCUAACAUGUAAAUCGUUAUAGAACUUAACGGCAUCACUCCUAAAAAAAUUUGGGGUGUCAGUGAUUGUUUCUGUUAAGGCUCCAUAAACACUAUCCUUACCGUAUUUCCCAACUCCUUAUUAUUUUUCAUGCUUUGAAGUUAGGGCGGAGUUUAUUGCGCUUGAAAUCACUUAAGAAUAAGGAAACACUAUGCUGAAAAAUUGAUAACGUAUCUAGUGACGACGGAAACCAGUUGAUUUCCGCCUCUCAUCUUAUUCUACAGUCUGCAUCGUGCAACAUCGUGCUUGGUCUUUUAGUAAUACGGCCGGAUAAUGUUGGCUUUGCAAGGUCUUUAGAGUUUUGGGUCGUUUUUGUGUAUAACACAUUCUUAGCCCUUUUCCAAAAUUUUACUGCCAUUGGGAUUUCAAAAAAAACACAACUAGGUGUACAAAAUUCGGGAUGUCAACCACAACUGGACCUUGUUCCGUUUAUUUCCAGCGAAUUAACUUAAACUAAAAUAUUACUGCUGGUAUUUUUUAGCCAUUUAUUUUACCACUUUUAAAGAGGUGUGGGUGUCAACUAAAAGACAUUUAUUGCAUUCGAACGCCGCAGGUCUCGUUAAUUUGUCCACUUUUCUCAAACCCACCGGACCAAAAGACCUUUUUGGGUUAGGUUUGAAAAGAAAAAGAGCAAGCGUUAACUUGUAAUUAACGUUCGCUGCCACAGCGCCAGCACUAGGAUUUUAAGAGAAUUCCUGUGUUACAAACCUCCUUCUCCAGUAUUUUCUCCUUUUUCUAUGAAUCCUGUCAGUUUCUAAUUAAUCAUAACCUGAUCGCGUAUAUGAUUUGCCUAAAGUGACUAGUAAAACCAGUACGUGACCUGGAUUUUCAUUUCAAGUCAGGGAAAGAAAGCUGAGCAGAUAUAACCACUUAUUUUACAUAAAUAGAUUUAGUUUAUUUAGGCAGUUUUUCGGAAAGUCUUAUGCAUAACCUCUUGUGCUAGAUGCUGUCUCCGUGUAAGGUUAAUCUUAAUGUUAAACAAAGGUGGCCUAAAAGUUAUCCCGGAGAAAACAAUGGAACGCACAUUGGCAUGUUGUGUUUUUAGUAUAUCACACUUUCCAAAAAUGUCAUUAUCUGUGUUCAUGUCAUAGGAACUGUUGUUUAUCUGCGUAGAAUUGCGUCAAAUCCUUUGUUUCAAUUAUUCUAUCAUUCCCCUUCCAUUAAAGCGGGGUGACUACCCUAUUGACAUAAGUAACCUCUGAGUACGCGUGCAAGUGUGUAUGUACAAGUUGUAUGUAUGUAUGUACAAGUUGCUUCUCUUCAUCAGCAUUUUUCAGAGUAGCAGUCGCUCAAUUGACCGAUGACCCAGUUGGCCUAAAUCUACUGUGUUCAUUAGCUGAUUGUAUGUCAUUUUCAAAAAUGUAUGCAAAUCAUUGAAGGUAAACAGCUUUAACUCGUACCAGAGAAUGAGCAGAAGUCUACGAUGAGAGAGGCUCAAGAGGAUGGUAUUACAAAUUGUAUUCGCAUAUUCUAUCGGUGUAAAAACCGCCGUGACUAUUGUCAUGGUUUGUGUAUCUAGUGUCCAAUUCUUUUUGUGAUCUCUGGACGCAUAGGAGUGCACUAUGGGGCUGAUGGUUAGAGAAUUAACGAGAAACCGUAAAGAGCACUAGGCAGCGAGAGAGCUUGGGUCUACUGACAGACUAAGGCUGGAAUCAGUGAAGAAGGUUAUCUUCGGUAUCCAAUCAAGAUAUACUUAGACCUUCUCUUUUUGAUGUAGUUUGCGCAUUUUUAUCGUUGUUCCCACAGCUUUCUGAAAACGAAGAUGACGACUUUUCUAAUGUAUCAUUUUGGACGUUUUAAAUGACCUUAACUUCGGGCUGUUCAAGGGUAUCGGCCAGAGCGAAUGGGCUAUUGUAUUUUAGUUGACUCAGCAAAAUACCCCGGUGGAGAUUUUAGAAAAUGGAUCAAACUAAUGCAUUUUCGUCUUCUGAAUGUGUUCUGCCUGUUUUUUGUCUUCUUCACUAAAUAUUGUUAUUUUUCACAUAGAAGUCGUAGCUCGACUAAAGCUGUGUAUCACAAUUUAGGCCUUCUAUAUGUUUUUUGCUUUUAAUUUUGUAAAACAGUUUUUAUUCAGGAUUUUAACGGACUUCUGGUUCAAUAUGAUCUAGGCACGAGCAGUGGAUGCUCAGCGCGAACUCAGAAAGAAGGAACGGAUGGAGCGGGAGAUGAACGAGGUUCAUGACGAAGUUGAGGCCAAAAUGGAGGAGAUCAAGGCCGUCAAUACGACCAUCGAAAAACUCCAGCAGGAACUACGAACCAGGGAAGAGGAGAACAGAGUGGUUAAAAUAUCCCUGGAGCAGACGAACCGUCAACUGCAAGUUACCGAUGCCAAACUCAAGGACGCGCAACAAAAGUUGGAUCAACAGAUAGCCUUAACUGAAAGUGUGCGCAGCGAAAACCAACUUCUUACGGCUGACGUGAAGGCGAGUUGUUUUAUCUAUCCAACUUUGGAUAUAAAAUCAGGGUUAAAGGCCAGCGCAUUUGAUAUAGCAUCUUCCACGAACCAAUUGAAUGAUCAAGCGUCACCAACUAGCCGAUUCAGGUCAAUCCACUUGUCUUUGGAUGAGGCCAGUUAGUCACGUUAGCAUGAGGACGGACUCCGUGCUCCCCCGUUUGCAAAUGAACACCCUUCAACGGCAAUUGUAAUGUGUGUCAGUAGUAGUCUCUUUUCGUCGAAACUUAACAGUUCACAGCAUUAAAAACUCGACUUGAGAUAGUUAUGGAUACUGGUGGAUCACAGCGCAUCGUCUUCCUUAAGAAAAGGAAACCUGUAAGCUCUAUGUCAUGGUAAACAAGAUUUAGGUUUGAGAUACAUGUGAUGUUUGCUAUCACUGAAUGACUUGGGGUCAUUCGUGCUUAUUGGCACAAUAACACUGGAUUAGUCCAUCAAAUAUACACAAGCCAUCAAGAAUACUUUUGUUCUAUUUUAAACUUUCGUAAAUAAGAAGUACUGGUAUCCUUAGGAUCAAGUAAUACUGUUUAGGUCAAACUACAACCAAACCCUAAGUGACAUGAAUGACCUGAAGAGAUUUCUCGUUGCCAGUCCGAAAAUCAAAUUCGCCGUAUAUUCUUGAGUUAGUCUUGCAUUUCUGUCGAGUUUUAUGUCAGUGCAAAAAAGUGAUGCAUUUGGCAUCCUGUGCGAAUUUUUUUUUGCUCAGUCUGGCUUAAGUAGGAAAGCGAUAAGACAGAUGUUAACGCAAAUGUACUCUAUAACUCACAUCUUAGGUAAGCUGGGAAGAUUCUACAACUCUUGUAAUAUUGCAGCCCAAGGAAGCGAUAAAAAUAUGGAGCUGUUUCAUUACCAUUUAUGUCAUUACCUUAUCCUUUUUAACUCCUCCUUAAACUCCAAGACGUGAAUGCAGCCUGUGGUUAGUGAGCGUCAUUUAUGGCAUUCUUAACUGGACUUUAUCUCUAGGGUGCAAUCUUCAAACCGAUUUAUAUUAGGCAGCAAUAAUCACAUUACAGAUACACUUGGACUUUCAAUUUUGGCCCUGUAUUCUCCGCUAAACAAUUGAUUGAAAUGCCUUGGGCAAAAGAUUUUUAAAGAACUGUUGCUUUAUAUUUUUUCAGAAAGUAACCGCCAACCAGUAUGUAGGAAGACCUAUAGGCGCAGGCCGAAAUUUGAUGUAUGAAUAUUUUGGCUGAAGUCCAUCAGCCACAGCUGGGCAACUGCGUAAUGUUGACUAACUGCCGACUGUCGCAAUCGAAGAUUGCCUGCUUACUUUGACGCUGCUAUAAAAAUUCAUGUAUCCUCUUGCUGGUCUCCUUUUUAGCAAAGAGAGUCCGAGGUGGAUGCCGUCAAAGCUGAGAACAAUAAAUUAACGAAACAACGCGAAGCUGCCAGUCGCCGUUUGCGCUCAAUUGAGGACAAAAAAGGUGAACUGGAGAGCAAGCGUGAGGAACUGCGCAACGGCAUCGCUUCCAUCGAGAAAGAGAUGGAAAUGAUGAAGAGAGCCAUGGACAUUGACCGCAAGGCCUGUGAGGAACUGACUAAGGAGCGCGACGCCUUGUCAAAGAACCUUGUCAAAAUGAGUGGUCAGACAGCAAAACAACUCACUCUCUUGCGCCUGCAUGAGCAGUCGAAACGUAAUCUCGAACAGGAGAUUUCUAAUUACAAGGAUGAGGCCCAAAAGCAGCGCAAGAUUAUUUGCCAUUUGGAACGUGAGCGAGAUCGUUACAUCAGCGAAGCUUCUGACCUCACGCAAAAGGUCCUCGAACAUAUGGAGGAGGUGAAACUCCGUGAGAUGCAGAUUUUUGAUUUUAAAAAGAAAAUUGCCGAAGCUGAAACGAAACUCAAGCAGCAGCAGAAUCUUUAUGAAGCUGUGCGGGGCGAUCGAAAUCUCUACAGCAAGAACCUCAUUGAGGCUCAGGAUGAGAUUGCCGAGAUGAAACGUAAACUACGCAUAAUGACACAUCAGAUUGCCCAAUUAAAAGACGAGAUUUCCACCAAGGAUGCCAUCAUUGUACAAGAAAAUAUAGAACGCCAGAGAGUGGAGGCUGAACGCGAUAAUAUGAAUAUGGACUUGCAAAACAUCAAGAACACCAUGGUGGAAAACCGCGCCUACAUUGAAUCUCAAGAGGCAGAGGAGCGCAAACUACUAAAAAUAAUUUCGGAGGCCGAGUUUGAGCGCGCUCGUCAUAAAAAGGAACUGGACCAAGUUAUAAGCGAGCGUGACAUCCUCGGCACCCAGUUGGUGCGUCGAAACGACGAGUUGGCCCUGCUCUACGAAAAGAUUCGCAUCCAGCAGUCUAUUUUAAACCAAGGUGAGACGCAGUAUAACCAACGUCUGGAGGAUCUUCGUGUGUUGAAACUGGAAAUUCGCAAAAGCAGACGGGAGAAGGCCAUGUUGCAGGCGAGUAUAGCAAAGGUGGACGAUCUGAAGAAAGAAGUCUACCGAGCUCAAAAGGAACUUCUGCGUGAACAAACUCGAUGCAAGGCGCUGGAGGAGGAACUGCAGAAUCCAAUUAAUGUGCACCGUUGGCGUAAGCUAGAGGUAUUUCUUAUGUCGAAAGUGUCCUUGUCGAUCUUUAAUGUGGAGUUUUUUUCUUUUUUACAAGUUAUUUCUCCUUUAGUGUCUUUUUCUGCGUUUACGAGUUUCUGAGUAGACUCCCAGUCUGAAUGUUCAUCAGGAUAACUCGGGAAGCCAACAUGAAAGAUCUAGGAUGCGUUCCUUUAAUAAUGCUUCUAUCCAAAGAUCCUAUCUUAUCGCUGGUAACGCAGUUGUCUCAUAUAGGCUAAAAGGGUAAUUCAAUAACCUCUGCACCAUCUCACUCCUCCAAUACUAAUCCCUUUCGGACCUAGUAUAAUUUGAUUCUCUAGUAAGGGUGAAGUCUUAUCUCCGAGGUAAGUCCUAAAAUCAUCUUACUCUGCCGGUUUUCCUUAUACAGAGCUCUGUUUUUCACAGUCUUACCGUAGCAUCGUAAUGACUGACAUUUUGCCUCUAGAGACACCUAAAAACCAAUCUCUUCGCAUUUGCAUCCCGAUGUUAUUGAAGGUGUUUUCACGCAUUUGGCGACUGUUAGUGGAAGAGUUGGGAAGUGCACCGUUCUCUUAAGUCAUUGCUUUAGUUCUUUUUGCUUGUUUAUUUUUGCACGCGACGAUUUCGAAAAAAUUCAAGUUUUGCUUAUUUGGUAUUAUCUUUGACUGCAAAAGGCUCCUUGAUGGAUGGCUGUCUACCUCUUGACCUCCUAACUUGUUUGAAUGACGCACAUCGUUCUUGUUAAUAUUAAGGUGACUAUGACUACUUCAAGGCAAUUUCUAAUACAUAGGGUUUAGUGUACUGGGUAACGCUUUUCCCUUUUUUGAAGCUGUUUCCUUAUUGAAAAUGAGAUAUCUUUGCUCUUACGUCUCGGGCGUAAUGUUACUUUAAUAACCCUUGAAUUCAGCCAUUGUCUAUUAAGUAGCUACUAUGUAAAUGUUUGCAGCAGUUUAUUGACAUUUCUGUGUAGAAUUUAUGUUUCUUAUUCGCUCACCAUGGAGCCGGCCGAGAAAAUAAUUAAUGACAUUUAUUUUUACCGGCAAAAUUUGCUUUUGAAUAAGCUUAUCACCUUAUUUGCCACCUAGAUUUAUUAUCUAGAAGAUUGGCGGAAGUUUGAUUUCCUGCCCGAGGUAUAUGCGUUUUUUGCGUUUAUUUGGUUUUCUCUGUUUUACUCUUCCCGUUCCUUGCUUUCUUUCGCUCCUGACGCACAGCACCGUAGAUUCCUUUUCUUCUGACUAGGGCAGCGAUCCAUCUACCUUUGAAAUGCUCCAAAAAAUCCAAGCGCUUCAGAAACGUCUUAUUGCCAAGACUGAGGAGGUAGUUGAGAAGGAGAUUCAGAUUCAAGAAAAGGAGAAGCUUUAUGUUGAGUUGAAGCGUAUACUAGCCCGCCAACCUGGUCCAGAGGUGGCGGAACAGUUGAGCAUAUAUCAAGACAGCCUCAGAGGAAAGACUAAAACACUGAAGGUAAGACUACCUCUUCACGACUAAGUGUUGCAUUAUAUAUGAAGUCCUGUGUUUUUAUCUCAACCACUUCUUUGCAGUUUUUUGCCGUUAGCGAAAAGAAAAAGUUUCAAAGGGACAUUUACCCUUGUCCGAUCAUUCUUUGAGGUUGCUUACCGAGAGCAGCACGUUUCAGACCACCUUCCGCUCGGACUGACGAUGCUUUCAAGAAAAAGCCGUGCUUUACAAGCCUCGCAAUGAGGAGGCAGGAAUGUUUAAUGGUCAACCUAAAUGAUGUUCGCUCACCUACUCGAAGUGUUCGAGUUCAAAAAUGGAUGACGCCAAGGCGCAACUCUGACCACAGCGCAAGCGAACAAGUAGGGGGACGAGGCUCGGAAACGCGGCCUCCCGUAGCCAACUAUUUAUUACUUCGCUACUAGUAAUAAUUUCAGUAGGUGUGCUGCAGUUAGCACACCUAGGUUCAGAUUGGCAAAGUUGAGCGAUCCGGGUUGGUGAUUUGAAGACGAAGAUGGGCUCUCCGGAGGUUUACGGUUAUGAUCAGGGCUGGGAAUUAGGGGUUACUUGAUUGGGGUUAGGAUUAGGGGAUUAUGAUCAGGGCAAGGGGACUAGGCUUAGGGUUACAGUUCGAGUAGGGGUUAAUUGUCAGCGUUCGGUUUGGGGUUAACUUGAUCACUUACACUUACUGUCAGUGACGGCUCCCGCGAUUUAUUCUAACCGUUAGGAGUUAGGCUUGCUUUUAAGCUAGGCUUAAUGUAGAGUUUGCGUGCUUUUCAACUAGACUUCCGUUUCUGUUUUUGGAGAUAUGAUUUACCACCAACCUUGCACCCAUUUCCUACAACUCUCAUCUGCGGCUUCCGUCUGAUUGGUCACCUACUUGGACAGUUCAGUUUUGAUGCCGUUGACAGGCCAGUCACCAUUACUCAUACUGGAUUUUGUUUCAUUGGUUACUCAUGACGAUUUUUUGCAUUGUGCGCUGCUUACGCUGAGAUUUUAGUAUCCAUCAAAGCAAGGUAACACAUUUACUUUUAAUAAACCCGUUUUUCUCUUAGUUUUCGCGCAUUUUUCGGUGUUCUGUCGUAGUCCCACCCUUAAAAUCCCUAGUACCACGGUUCCCGUUUUGGAGGCGUCUGGGCUUCUCCAUUUUCCAUUGUGGCCGCGUUUUCAGCCUUGCCGUAGAGGCUGUAUGACUUAGGCCUGUCGUUUACCUGUCUUUACAAAAAAAGUAAAAAAUUAAUCAGCUAGUUAUGUUUUUAGAAUUCGUGUGCGCAAAUCUUCUUACUAAAAAUUGGAUUGUCUGCUUCCCCGCGUCUUCCUUCAAAUAAUCUUUAGUGCGAAAUUACUGCUGAAGAAUUAAAAUGACACUACUUACGGCACUUUCAAGCAUUAGCCGAGAUGUUGAAUGUAGUCCUCAAGCUUCUGUGUAUGAAUCCAAAUAUCGCUUUCUUUUGAUGUUGCUUCUUGUUAAAUUAGCUGUCUUUCCCAAAGAAGUAAAUUAUUUUGCUUCUUGGCCGGCUAAAUUGAUCUGCUACACUUUCCCGUUGCUUUAAUAAAAGCUUGGCUGUGGUGAUCAGAUUUUGGGGCUUAUUUCUCUGAGUAACUUAGCAUAUCUAUCAAUCUUGCGGCUUUAACAAAACCCGAAAAUCGUAUCUUAUCAUAAAACAGCUUUCAUUGUUAAUUUUCUUGAAAGUUACUAGUUCUGUGAGUGAGAUUUUGGAAAUAACUUUACGAAAAAGUGGUCAUUUGAAACGGUUUUUAAACUCCUUUUGAUAGUUUUGGGCUAAUGUUUCAUCAUUGUUGAAAAUUGCUUAAGGCAUUUACGGGUUAAUAUAACAUGCCGCACUAUAAUUGGUCUAGGCUGGUAUUAAGCGUCCACGUCGUAACAUAAGUGUUGAGCAUUGAACAUAAUUAUAUACAGUUAUGGUCAUCAUUUUUGAUUUGCGGACCUAUCGGAAAUGCGCAAAAAAUAAUCAAAAUCCGGCCUGUCCCUCCUAGUGGGAUUACAUGGAAAUGCGACUGACUUCCCUAUGACGCCGUAGGCCUUGCACUCCUAGCUUACCCGUACCUCUGCCAAUUUUGCCUUUUUGUAAAGACUUUUUGCCUUUUUUAUAGCCUGAGGCCUGGUACGCGUUUUGCCAAUAAUCUUACCCAAUAUUUUCCAUGAUUUUCCCAGGAAAAGGUUUAGUCCACUUCAAGAUGAUUGUCUCCUUGAGCGGAGUUACUAUUUUGACUUUCAAAAUUCCGCACUUUGGAAACAGUCUGGAAUGUUGACUCACAAGCGUGUAUAAAGAAAUAUCCUCAGGCAUAGGGACAGCCCCCUUCAAUUAUGUCAGUCAUUCUAGGCGUCCGCGACUCUUUUUUCGAAUCCGCACGCGUUUCUCUAUUGCAAAAGGAAAUUGGAUAUAGAAUGUGCCCUCGGGUGCAUCUGCGCCAGCCUCGUGUUAACAGUAAUAAUGCAGAACCACGAGUAAUAUUUUUCGGUCGGAUGUAGUUUUGUAGCCCCACCUGAAGUAAACAACCUCCAGUCACCUCUAAUACGGGACCGCCGGUAAUAUGGGUUUUUACAAGUGGAGACGGGGAACGUACAGGCGACGAGGUCAAGUAGUUGUAUGCAAAAGAGAAGUUAUUGGCAAUGAGCGGCUGUGCUUUGAAUGGUUAAGAAAUAGUUGCGCUAACUCCUAACUAUAACCCCUAAUCCAAAACUCUAACCCCUAACAAUAGCCCCUUACCCUAAUUCCUACCUAUUUUUCAAAACAAAAAAUAACUAAUGCUUCUUAUUCUUCUGGGUAGGUCGCACCUUCAUAUAAAUCAGCUAGUAGAAAUUAGUGUUUGGUCAGUUGCUUGCUGGGAAAUGGACGCACGACAUAGUAAACGUCAAAAAACAAUCAGAGCCUCCUCCUCCUCCCCGCAGUUGACCGGUAAUUCCAUCACCAGAAAAUUGGCUGUCACGGUGUACGAAUUACCUGCAGACUUUUGCAGUGCUUAUGAGUCAGUUGCACCUUCCGGUUGCAUGUAGGGGCAUUUAAGUUGUCCUGCUAUUCACAAGGGAGAUCCACACAGGAGAAUGGUGGUUGUGGUCUGCAUGGUCUCAAUAGUAAUAGUAACACUCAUGAGCACGGCAGAAGGAUGCGCAGUGUCUGAGGAGGCUGAGAGCUGGUUUGAUGAGGACCUUUCCAGCAACUGAUCAUCCCAGUCAGUUGUGCAUCAGAGGACGGCAGUGCAAGGGAUGCUGUCAGUUAAUCAAAAUUUCGUACGUUUUCAUCCUAAGAACCAAUAAAAGAUAGAACUUUUAAGAAGACGUUUUAUUCACUAAAGGUUAUUCAUUAUGCACAAUUUUCGCUCUUUCCCAACGAGGGACAUGUUCGUAAAUUCUGCUUUUUAGAAAGUGAUGUCUUCGGAAACGAAAAAUCCACUACCCUCCUCUUCUCUUUAUUGUCACUGUGUCUGUUUGGCAUUAGAUUUUCUAGCACCAAGGAAUGGCGGUAAUUGGUGAGAAGCACCAUGGGGAGAUUUGAGAGAUGGGAUAAAAGUUCCCACCGUCUGAUUAUGAAGCGCAUCUUUAAGGCGUCAUCUAAUGAAAACCAAUGAGAGGUUCGGCUUUUUAUAACAUAAUAGAGGUUUAGUUCUUCGUCACAAGAAAAAAAACAGAAAACUGUGUUGUGCAUGCGGGAAAGUAAAUGAAAACGAAUUGCUAGUGUGUUUGGUUUAUUCUAAUCUGUUAAUAUUUGCGGAACCCAUUCUUUGGAUUUCUAUACAAUGUUAAUGUAGACGGACUACUUCGUAGCUCGACUUUAAUAUUUUAGAGAGUUCUUGAGACAUUGUUUUUGAAAUCUUCCACCAGCGCCUCGUAACUCUUCGUGAUCAGUAAUGAAGGGUAGUUCCGAUUAUGUUGAAUCUUUGGGGUAUUCAUUACCAGAGGACAUUUUAGGGCACUUUACUCUUUUAGCACAUCUACCGCAAAUGUCCCGCAUGCAGACUUCGUCCGAAGUGUAUAUUCAGGGAGAAAACGUGUUUCAAUUACGGUCGACUCAAUGAGCAUUUUAAAAUGGGAGAAAAUUGCAAAACAAGAGACAAUGUCAUUGAAAAGAGCUUUACUCGACUGACACAUGCCUGCUCUGUAUGAAGCACAUAAAAACGCCGACCUGGCAAGUCUAGCCAGGAUUCGACAAGUCAUUGCAUCAAACUAUUGCGGAAUCCGCGCGAACUUUGUCGUCGCUCGAUGAAAUCUGCCUCAUCUCUGAUCAAACGUUGCUCAUUGCCAGCAUAUGUAUUCAUCCAGCGUCUGUGACGAGGAAGUUUAUCGCUCGAAGGCAUCAGUAAUUCGUCUUGACAGUCGCAUGACACGCGAUGCGGUUUCUCGAACCGUUGCAGUGUAGGAUCAAGGAAGGUGUGACUAGCUGUCGGGAGAAGUGGAUCCAGAAGGAAUGUGUUUCCCGCCAAUGUCUAUUGUCCUUGUGGUAAAUUUCAGUCGUGUCGUAUACCAAGCUUACACGUUUUAAUUCCGGACUCACAUCGAUUCCCCAGGCGGUAGCAUAAACGAGUGUUACGUUUCAACAAAUUUUGAGCCUAAACAGGUCAAGACAUAAAAUAUACACGCACCUGACUAGAAGCUCAUCUUAUGCACUUGAAAAUGCCGCUGGCGCGCAGGCGCUGUAGUUAGCAGCUCACACUAAUUUGUCGGCGAAUUAGCUAAAGGCCUUUUUUGUUGUACAUAGAUAUGGUGUUCUGCAUAUUCCCCUCUGACAGGGAUGUUUCACUGAAGCUGUUAGCACUUUUUGAUAACUCUGAACACCCCAUAACUAUAUAUUAAAGUUGUAGACUUAUGCAUUUUGUAAUUCUGGCAAAAGUGCACCGGAUGUGUCGUAUACUGACUAAUUUGACGCAUAAGUUAGCUAUGUGACCUUUAAAAAAGUCAUAUCCUGACCUCGAGUUGAGUCGAGUUCACGAUUGUUGACAACAAGGAAGACGCCUCCAACCUACUUUGCCUGAUGAAUAAUCUGCAUCCUAAAAUCGAAUUUACGAUGAAAAUGAAGCAGUUUGACAAGUUAUCCUUCCUGGACGUCCUCAUGUUUAGAGAGGAUGAUGGUUCAAUAAGACGCUCCGUCUUCCACAAGAUUACGUGGAAAGGGCAAUACUUACAUUUUAAAAGCUUUGCGCCAAUACAAUGGAAACGUAAUCUAGUACAUAUUCUUUUUUAAAGAGCGAGAAAUGUUUGCUCCAGGGAGACCAUAGAUACAGAAACUGCCCGAAUCAAAGAAACCUUACUUAAUCGUGGUUAUCCUGCACGCUUCAUUCAGAAGUACAGCAAUCAUUUACGGCCAAAGUUGACGGAACAGUCCGUUCCAAAGAAGCCCGUUAUAAUAUGUCUACCUUUUAAGGGUGACAACGUCUCAAACACAAUCAAGCGACGCUUGCGUUGCACUUUAGAAAGAACGUACAACGCAGCAGAGCUUAUCUUCAUCAGUUUCACAAAAAGCCUUCCAAUUAACCGGACAAAGGAUGCCUUGCCAAUGCACGCCACCCCAAAUUGUGUGUAUGAAUUCACGUGCACUUGCUGAUGCAAGUACAUUGGGCGAACGCAAAGGCAAUUGGCAACGAGGGCCGCUGAGCAUUUGCCUAAUUGGCUUUUCAAACAGGAAAACAAAACCCCCGUUCGUCUAUAACGAAACACCUGUUAGAUAGCGGUCAUGUUGUCGAUCCUAAAGCAUCUUUUCGAGUACUUGUCCGAGCGCAUACAACUCGAACCUUGCGAUAUUUGCAAGCAGCUUACAUACGGAGGGAGAAACCAGACCUGUGCAAGCAUUUAGAUCACGUGAUCAAUCUGCACUUGCCCUGGUAACCUUCACGCCUCUAAUUUCCCCUGACUGUGAUUUGUUGUUAACAUUUCGUCUCCCUCUUUCCUAUAUGACGCUAAUGUGGACGUCUUAUCUUAUUAUUCAUUGCCUUGAACCUUGACCUUGCUCCUAUGCACUGCCAUUCUGUACAAAUUCAUACUGCUGUGCGCUUUCAUUCGUUACCUAUGUUAUGCAGAGAUGGGCUGCAGUUGAAAAGCCUUCAAGAAAUUUAUUGGCCCCAAUAAAUUCUGCUGUACGUGCUUGUUUUCAAAAAAUGAAUUGUCUAUCAAAACAUCAUUUUGUUGGCAUCCCGUCUAGCCAUACCAAUUCAGGUUUUCACGUUUUUUCGUCUGCACGCUAAAGGGAUCAUUAAAUUUAUCGUGUUUUUUCGCUUUUGAAAUGGAUUUUGUCGUUUACUUGUUGUAGUCAAAGUGACUGUUUAAGUAUUUUGCCAGAAAUAUUUUUGAGCGUUUCUAGGCCCUCAUAUGUCGACGAGGUUUUGUCUUUUUCAGUUGUUGGUAUAAAUGCGGGUUCUUAUUUUCUAUUCCGUAGGCUAUGAACGCAGAAAUGAACAUGUAUGAUACACAAAUUAAAGAGUACAAAGCCGAAAUUGAAAAGCUAACAGCAGAACUGAAUGACGUCAAAAGGGCGUAUUUUGAGAAGAAGAGGCUCGAGCAAAAUAAAAAGAGGAAACCAGCCAAGGAUACGUUGGUCGCAAAUACGAAUGAAAAGGCCAAUUCUAGAGGUCUUAGUGGCGCCGAGUUGACUUUCAAGGCCUCGAACGCAAAUAAUUAA